AUGUGGUACUCCCCCAGCGAGAGCGCUCAGGCGGACGGGCCGGGCGAGAAGGGCCGGCGGGACGACGACAGCUCGGAGUUCGCGACUUCGGGUAAUGUCGACUCCGGAUUCCUGUCGGCCGGCAAUAUGCAGGUCAGCGACGAGAUCCGCGACUCCGGGGUGCAGCCGCAGCCGCAACAGGAGGACGAUCAGCGGAUGAUGAACGAGGCCCGACGUGCCGCACCGGCUACGGGAGCGACGACCUCGGCGUCGUCGUCAUCGUCGGCGACGGUGACGGCGGCGGCUGCGGAGGCGUCAGCGCGGGUCGUCGACAGCGGCGUCGUGGACGUCGACCUCAGCGAGGGCCUGAACCAGCUCACCCUGCGGCAGCAGCAGCUCAGCUCGUCCGGCCUGAAUGCGCUCGCCGUCGACAGCGGCGGGGACCUGACCUUCCGGCCCGAGCCGACGACGAUCCUCGGGCUGACGCCCGUGAAAGCGGCAGCGGAGUCGUGCCACGCAGGCCUGCAGCACCGAAACGACCUUCUGCUCGACGAGCACCGGCAGGACGGUGCCAAGGAAAGCGCAAUAAUGAACGAGAACACCUGGCAGCUUUACUACGCGCAGGACGACGACGGUGACACGCAAUUGCACAUCGCAAUUAUGCAGGGCUACGUGGAGGCUGCGCUCAUUUUGAUAAGAAUAGCGCCUCAUCCGUGUCUGUUGAACAUCUACAAUGACAACUGGCAAUCGCCUUUGCAUCUGGCAGUGUUGACGAAUCAAUCGCUAAUCGUCAGACGGUUGAUCCUGGCGGGGGCGGAUCCAUCUCUGAGAAAUUUCCGUGGAAACACGGCCCUCCAUCUGGCCUGCGUGAGCGGAGAUCUCGCUUGCGCCAAGGCCCUGACUGACCCAUUGUCCCCGAUGGAGCGGAACAAGCUGAUGCCCGGACAAACAGUACCCGCGUUACCGCAGAAUUUGGAACAACGUAACUAUAACGAACUUUACUUCGAUCGGCGCGGGCCUAGUUUGGACUGCGGGACGCCAACGAAAUCUCCGACGACAAUGAUUCACCGUGAGAUGUGCCUGCACCUGGCCGCCGUUAACGGGCACGUAAACCUGGUGCGCCUUCUGCUGCGCCUCGGCGCCGAUCUCGAGGCGAGGGAGGCCCUGGCGGGGAAAACGGCGCUUCACCUCGCGAUGGAACGUGAAUGUCGGCCGGUGGUUAACUUCCUGCUGCAGGAGUGCAAGCCCUGUCUGGACACGCAGACGUACAGCGGUCUGACGGCCUACCAGCUGGCACUGUGCAUCGACAGCCAGCUCGCCAGGGAGCUGGUGCGAUACGGCGCAAAGCCGGAGCCGCUGCCGGAUUCGGAUUCGGAGAGCAGUUCCGAGAACAGUUCCGAGGACGAGACUUACGGGGAGGCGAGUUACUUGCCCGCAAUCGUCAAGAUGCAAAAUGCCGUCGAAGUGAAAGUCUGACGUGCAAAUACUCUCCGAUAAAUAUCCGAUUAAUUCAUUGAACGGAUCCAAACGUUGUACGGUUGUUGAAUGAAAAAAAAAUGACAAAAAUGCAUGCUACGUAUGACAUGCAUACAAGAAUCCCAGACAGCACAGAUUUCCUGUAGGUACUUUCAUAGAACAUUCCAAGGAUGUACAAAUGUCAUUAGAGCGUCCUAUGAGAUUCUAUGAAUCGUGUGCUAUCUGGGAUGUAUUCCGAGUUGUAUGAAAACAACUACGAAGUUGUACUUUAUCAUGUUGUUUUAUCGGUGAAAUUAAGACGGAUAACUGUAAACACAGCAAGAUUAAAAAAUAAUUAACACAUAACACAUACACAUAAUAAAUGUAUGAAAGCUGAAUCUUGAUUUUUAAUGUUUAAAAAUAUUUAUGAAACCGUGUUAAUUAAUCGGAUGAAUUCAGAUAAUUGCUAUUUGAGAGUAAAAAUAUUAUUAAAUUAAAAGAUAACAAUUGCGUUUCUAGAAUCAAAUUGAAGUCGCAAGUUUUGACGCUCUUGACAUCAUUCUAAUUCACGGAAUUGAAUUAGAACGAUAAUGGAAAGUGAGAAGAUUGCUAAUUAAGUAACGUAGAUAACAAAUGGAAUUUUAGGAGUUCUAGCUUCGGCCUACGUUAUACGUGCUCGAUAUUAUAGAGAUGCAUAUUGAACUCAUGCGAGUAUUGCUAUUAUAAUACAAUAGACUAUAUAUGCUUUUCAAAUCGAUAUUAGCGGCAAUGUAUGCCGAAAGAUAAACGAAUGAAGAGAUAACGAAAAGAAAUCGAGAAUCUCAGAAACGAACUUAUAUGCGAUUAACGAAUAUUCGAUUAACGAACGAAGCAACGAUAUGUGAACGUAGAUUGUUCUAGUAGGUUUUUUCCUUUAAUAAUGUGCAAUAGGAUGUGCAAUGGAAUGUGCAACACCAUUUUGAAAAUGUGUUGUAAAAGUAAUACAAAAGACAAUUUGUAUUUCAUCAUUUAAGUAUCAAUCCUAUGAUGUUGAUCGAAUGAUCUGUGCAAUGCGAACGAGAAGAGAGUAUAUGUGAUUAUUCUGAGAUGUAUGACAACGUGUGAAUGAAAUAUUCGCACCUUGCGAGCGCGAUGUUUUGUAAUAUAAAUAGAGAAGUACUGAUAAUGUAUAUAUAUUGAUAUACAGAAAUAUUGAUUCGCGUGGACGAAUGAAUAUCGACGAAAA